CAAAUAGAUUCAAGCAGCAGCGAUAGAGGGAGGGGGAGGAGGCGGCGGCUGUGGCGGCGGAGGUGGAGACUGCCGAGUGGUGGCAGCGGCGGCGUCGACGCUGUAGCAUCCCUGCCUCCUUCUCCGCUGUAGCCACCGUUGAGCCCAACCGCAGAGGCCGGGUAAGCACCCUUCCUCUCACGCCAGUUUUAGUGGUGAGUCUAAAAGCUGGGAAUCAUGACAACUCACGUAACGCUGGAGGAUGCUCUGUCCAACGUGGACCUAUUGGAGGAGCUGCCAUUACCAGAUCAGCAGCCAUGCAUCGAGCCACCUCCAUCAUCCAUUAUGUACCAGGCCAACUUUGAUACCAAUUUUGAAGACAGAAAUGCUUUUGUAACUGGCAUUGCAAGGUACAUCGAGCAAGCAACAGUGCAUUCCAGCAUGAAUGAGAUGUUGGAGGAAGGGCAUGAAUAUGCAGUAAUGCUUUAUACUUGGAGGAGCUGCUCCAGAGCUAUUCCCCAGGUAAAGUGUAAUGAGCAGCCAAACCGAGUAGAGAUUUAUGAGAAGACAGUGGAAGUCUUAGAGCCAGAAGUCACAAAACUCAUGAAGUUCAUGUACUUUCAGAGAAAGGCCAUUGAACGAUUCUGUGGUGAGGUCAAGCGUUUAUGCCAUGCAGAGAGAAGGAAAGACUUUGUUUCAGAAGCAUAUCUACUGACCUUGGGAAAGUUUAUCAAUAUGUUUGCAGUCUUGGAUGAACUGAAGAACAUGAAGUGCAGUGUCAAAAAUGACCAUUCUGCUUAUAAAAGAGCAGCCCAGUUUUUAAGAAAAAUGGCUGAUCCUCAGUCUAUUCAGGAAUCACAGAAUCUCUCUAUGUUCCUAGCAAACCAUAACAGGAUCACCCAGUGCCUGCAUCAGCAACUGGAAGUGAUCCCUGGUUAUGAAGAACUGCUGGCUGAUAUUGUCAACAUCUGUGUGGAUUACUAUGAAAACAAGAUGUACUUGACACCCAGUGAGAAGCAUAUGCUCUUGAAGGUGAUGGGUUUUGGUCUGUAUCUGAUGGAUGGAAAUGUCAGUAACAUUUACAAAUUAGAUGCCAAGAAGAGAAUCAACCUCAGCAAAAUUGAUAAAUUCUUCAAGCAGCUGCAGGUGGUUCCUUUAUUCGGCGAUAUGCAGAUAGAGCUGGCCAGAUACAUUAAGACCAGUGCUCACUAUGAGGAGAACAAAUCCAAAUGGACAUGCACUCAGAGCAGCAUCAGUCCACAGUAUAACAUAUGUGAGCAGAUGGUACAGAUCCGAGAUGAUCAUAUCCGGUUUAUCUCUGAACUUGCUCGCUACAGCAACAGUGAGGUUGUAACGGGCUCAGGACUGGAUAGUCAGAAGUCAGAUGAAGAAUAUAGGGAGCUUUUUGAUCUGGCUUUACGGGGACUUCAGCUUUUGUCCAAGUGGAGUGCACAUGUGAUGGAAGUGUAUUCUUGGAAGCUGGUCCAUCCCACUGAUAAGUUCUGUAACAAAGAUUGUCCAGGCACUGCCGAAGAGUAUGAGAGAGCUACAAGAUACAAUUAUACCAGUGAGGAAAAGUUUGCUUUUGUGGAGGUUAUUGCUAUGAUCAAGGGCCUGCAAGUGCUCAUGGGUCGCAUGGAGAGCGUCUUCAACCAAGCUAUCAGGAACACGAUCUACGCUGCUCUGCAGGACUUUGCUCAGGUGACUCUGAGAGAGCCUCUGAGGCAAGCGGUCAGAAAGAAGAAAAAUGUCCUCAUCAGUGUUCUUCAGGCAAUUAGAAAGACAAUCUGUGAUUGGGAGGGAGGACGUGAGCCUCCAAACGAUCCCUGUCUGAGAGGGGAGAAAGAUCCCAAAGGGGGUUUUGAUAUCAAAGUCCCACGACGAGCUGUUGGGCCUUCAAGCACACAGCUUUAUAUGGUGAGGACCAUGCUAGAAUCCCUCAUUGCAGACAAGAGUGGUUCAAAAAAGACUCUUAGAAGCAGCCUGGAUGGACCAAUAGUUCUGGCCAUUGAAGAAUUCCAUAAACAGUCCUUCUUCUUUACACAUCUUCUCAAUAUAAGUGAAGCCCUCCAACAGUGCUGUGAUUUAUCCCAACUUUGGUUCCGAGAAUUUUUUCUGGAGUUGACCAUGGGUCGCCGAAUUCAGUUCCCUAUUGAGAUGUCAAUGCCAUGGAUUCUAACUGAUCACAUCCUGGAUACCAAAGAACCCUCCAUGAUGGAGUAUGUGCUCUACCCACUGGACCUCUACAACGACAGUGCGUAUUACGCUUUGACCAAGUUUAAAAAGCAGUUUCUCUAUGAUGAAAUUGAAGCAGAAGUGAACUUGUGUUUUGAUCAAUUUGUGUAUAAACUGGCAGAUCAAAUCUUUGCUUACUAUAAAGCAAUGGCUGGCAGUGUUUUACUGGAUAAGCGCUUCCGGGCUGAAUGUAAAAAUUAUGGAGUGAUUAUCCCUUACCCACCAUCCAAUCGCUAUGAAACCUUGCUCAAACAAAGACAUGUCCAGCUGCUAGGGAGGUCAAUUGACUUGAACAGACUUAUCACCCAGCGUAUCUCAGCUGCGAUGUACAAAUCAUUAGAUCAGGCUAUCAGCCGCUUUGAAAGUGAAGAUCUGACAUCCAUAGUGGAACUUGAAUGGCUUUUGGAGAUCAAUCGUUUGACACACAGACUCUUGUGCAACCACAUGACUCUGGACAGUUUUGAUGCCAUGUUCCGCGAGGCCAAUCAUAAUGUGUCAGCUCCUUAUGGGCGCAUUACGCUGCAUGUCUUCUGGGAGCUAAACUUUGAUUUUUUACCUAAUUACUGCUACAAUGGGUCUACUAACAGAUUUGUGCGGACAGCCAUUCCAUUCACUCAAGAACCCCAGAGAGAUAAACCUGCCAAUGUUCAGCCAUAUUAUCUUUAUGGUUCAAAGCCACUCAACAUUGCAUACAGCCACAUUUAUAGCUCUUACCGAAACUUUGUGGGACCCCCCCACUUCAAGACAAUCUGCCGACUCCUUGGAUACCAAGGGAUUGCUGUUGUGAUGGAAGAAUUGUUGAAGAUUGUCAAAAGCCUGUUGCAAGGAACCAUCCUUCAGUAUGUGAAGACCUUGAUAGAGGUGAUGCCGAAGAUUUGCCGCCUGCCAAGGCAUGAGUAUGGAUCUCCAGGAAUCCUGGAGUUUUUCCAUCACCAGCUGAAGGACAUAAUUGAAUAUGCAGAACUAAAGACUGAUGUAUUCCAAAGUCUGAGGGAAGUGGGUAAUGCCAUUCUUUUCUGCCUUCUCAUAGAACAGGCCUUGUCCCAGGAAGAAGUGUGUGAUUUGCUGCAUGCUGCUCCUUUCCAAAAUAUUUUGCCCAGGGUCUACAUCAAAGAAGGAGAACGCUUGGAGGUACGCAUGAAGCGUCUCGAAGCCAAAUAUGCCCCACUUCACCUGGUUCCCUUAAUAGAGAGGCUGGGAACUCCUCAGCAAAUAGCCAUAGCCCGUGAAGGAGACUUGCUGACUAAGGAGAGGUUGUGCUGUGGGCUGUCCAUGUUUGAAGUUAUCCUGACCCGCAUUCGGAGCUACCUCCAAGACCCCAUCUGGCGUGGGCCUCCCCCAACCAAUGGCGUCAUGCACGUUGAUGAAUGUGUUGAAUUUCACCGGCUCUGGAGCGCCAUGCAAUUUGUGUACUGCAUUCCUGUUGGAACAAAUGAAUUCACUGCUGAACAGUGCUUUGGAGAUGGCUUAAACUGGGCUGGCUGCUCAGUCAUAGUUCUUCUGGGGCAACAGCGUCGUUUUGACCUUUUUGACUUCUGCUAUCAUCUCUUAAAAGUUCAGAGACAGGAUGGGAAGGAUGAAAUCAUAAAGAAUGUGCCACUUAAGAAAAUGGCUGACAGGAUCAGGAAGUACCAAAUUCUGAACAAUGAGAUUUUUGCCAUCCUGAACAAAUACAUGAAAUCGGUGGAAACAGACAGUUCAACAGUUGAGCAUGUGCGCUGCUUCCAACCCCCCAUCCAUCAGUCCUUGGCGACAACAUGUUAGGCUUUCAGCCUUGGAAAUACAGUGUGAAGAUUUGUGUCUUUCCAUUGGAUAUUGGUGAGAAAGAAGUGGUUGGACUCCAGCUGUUGGAAGGCAAACAGCUGCAAACACAGGUCCCGCAGCAAAGCAGACAUGGAUGGAUCCAGUACACAAAGAUGCAUUUCCUAGAAGACUCAUUUGAAUGCAUGUUCUUCUAUAUCUUUCUGGCCGGCUUUACCUAUAGUGCUGAAACUGUGGUGAGAAGAAGCAGAAAGUGGUUUCCUCCUAAAGUUUCUUUUAUUUUCAUGACAACCCAUAAUCAUCUGAUCAAGCACAAAAAUCUGCAGUCUUUAAAUGGUCAUUAUUUUUAAGAUUCCAGUAAAGAAGCCCACAUUUCAAAAUGUUGCAAGUCUUGGUGCACACUAAACAAUAGUUUUCCUUGAUAACUUAGUUUUGUGGUAUAAGCACUUAAACAUUUUGAAAUAGUGAGUUUCUCCCAUUGCAGGUGAUACAGAAAAAACAUCCUAUUGUUUUAGAAUUGCAUAGAAUUGUCUACUUGGAAUUAACAGGUUUUUGCUGUAAUUGUUAUCUUGCCUUCUAGAUUUACUUUGCUAAACUAAAUUUGGAAUUAAGUUUACAGUGGAAUAUUAACAAAUUUUCUCAGUUUUUGCAUUGGCUGACCAUGCUAUGGAGAAGGGAAAACAAAGUGAUGCUUUCUUUUCAAUCUCCUUCUUGACAUGAAUACAUUUGAGCUAAUAUUUGUUUCUUACUGUUAGAAUGACAGACAGUCAUUGUCUAUGUGUGAUAAACAUUGUAAUGGCCUCCAGUCCUUAGUGAAGUUAACAGCCCUCAUCAUUUUUGAUGGUUGAUUGAAAUGGGGUUCGUAUUUUGAGCUGAGCAUCUUUUUCUCUUUGGAAUGCUUUUAGUAGAAGAAUGAUAUUGUUAUAUUUCUGUAUUCCUGAAAAAUGGUAAUCUAUUGUAAUUCAAGAUUAUAGAUACAUAUUUAGUAAUUGAAAGGAAAUGCUCUUAAGAAUACAGUACAUGCAACAAAAUCUUUGUUCUAAACAAGAGCUUGCCUUCCUUUAAUAUGUAUGGUUUCAAUGACAUAUGAAUUUCCAAUACCUGAUUUAAAAAAUGAAUAAGCUUAUAGAAUGAAGGGGAGGGAUAAUUUGAGAACACAUAUGUGCUCUUCUUCAUAAUAGACCUCUUACUUUCUUCAUCCAGGAGAUAAAUCCAUAUAAUCUGAAUGAGAGGUACACACAUAGUCAGGCUUUCCAUAAUAAAUAUGUAUAGGAGAAGAUACGCCUUAAAGAGACAAGAUCAGGCAAGAAUGAUGAAAGAAACAGAACUAUUAAGUUAGUCACAAUUCUUCCUAUCAGGUAAGAAGAUCUUUGCGUUUCUAAAUAUCACAGUAAAAUAGAUUCUGAAGAUAAAAGCUACCCAUUUUAGCAAGUCUAAUUACCCAAGCAGAACUAGUUUAAUUAUCAAAACCCAACCAUGUAGCAGAUCAUGAAAGGAAAAGGAAGAUCUCUUAAGACCUUAAGAGAAUAAUUCAUUUCUGAGUUCUUUUGAUAUAGUCUGAGGGACUUGAUAAAAUUCAUCAAGCAAAUUCCCCUGUAAUUCUCCAGGGCAAAAAGAGGAAUUUUAGAAUGAAGUUCUCUAACAUUUCAGUUGUUCAGAUUAAUUUUCUAUAAAGAAAAUACAAGUUGCUCUAUAGUUGUUCACAGUUUCAAAAUUAAGGGUAAAAAAUAUUAAAGAUCUGGAUAGUUUUUCUUGUUUGUUGAGAACUACAAGGGUACCGUGCAUUAAAAAGCUCCUUUAUGUAAAUGAAUGACAGUAUGCAAGACAAUAAUUGUCUUCUAUUGAUCUCAUGGAGGUUCAGUCAUUAGAACAUCUUGGUAAUUUGCUGCUGGGGCCACUUUAAGGUAAUGAUCUGUGAAAUUCUUAAGAGAGGAGAUGUUGGUAGAGGUCUUUACCUGUCUUUAGUCUGCAGAAAAUAAAGACAGGCUUUUCCACUGUUGGAUGUUUCCCAACAGUUCCUGCCUCUUUCAUAACAAUUGGCUUUUCACUUUAUCUUGUUCAAGACUAGUUUUGCCAAAUUUGCAACCCUCCAAAAUUUUGGCCCCACCCCUGAUGGGAAGAUGCCAAAGAGGGGCAAUCUAGCUAAGAUUUUUUUCCCCCAUCAUUUAGAUUUUAGAAAUUUUCAUCUAUGCUUUUUCUUCUUUAUCAUAAAUGCAUAUUUAAUUACUUAUUAAACCAGAAUUACUAACUUUUUUUCUGUUUGAUAAAUAUACAAAAAAAAAUUAGCUUAAUGUUCUCUAUUUUCAAUCUUGGAAGAACAUUAUGUCCUAAGCAACAGCAGCAGCCUAACAUUAUUAGUAUUAAGUAUGUGGCCUUUCUUAAAUCCGUCCUUUCCACUGAAGAUUUACAUCUUUUCAUUAAAAAAGUUGAUGGAAUAUUGUUUCACAUGUCAUAUCUGUUUCCUAUAUAUAAUUACUAAGGCAGCUAUUCAAGUGGUGAGAUAUUUUUCAAGCAACAGAAAACCAUGAUAUCAGCAACACUAAGCCCUCUAUCCAAGAGCAUCAAAGCAGAUAUUCAGAUAUACAGUUUGCUUAUUUGUACAAAGGAGAUAUUCACCUAAUCAUACAUAGUUUGCUUUUCACAUGAACUCAAAUCUUGCAAUGCCAGAUUCCAGGCUGAAUUGAAGUCAACAUGUGUGAAAACUUUGUGUGCAAAUGUCUGAUUUAGUGUAAUAUCUCAGGUGUGAUGCUGAAGCUGGGGUUACCCUUAACAUUCAUUCAAUGGGUUUGUGGUGGUUCAAUAGGGGUCUCUUGUACUGAUGGAAAUAUCAAAUGCUCAUAGAAUUAUGACUCUGGAUACAUAAAGCAAUGGUGAACAAGAGUUCAGAGUAGGGAAACGUUCUACUCUUUUCAAUCCUAAAUUUCUCCUAGAAUAGUUCAAGUGUUUUGUGGUUUUUAUGGAAAGCAAGUACAAUACUGCCAGCACUCCUUAACAUCAGUAUUUCUACCAUAGUAAGCCUUGAUUAACUUUAAAAAAAAAAACCACAGCAAACGUUAAAAACUAAACCAGACAUGAACAUAUUCUUGUGAUUGAUUUUGAAUUCACUUGACGAGAUAUGCAGGUGUUCUGCUCCUUGUUCUUUUUUUUUAUUCUUCUUACAGCAGUCAUUAAUUAUAAUAGAUACAUAAAAAUGCAGUUACCCAUCAGAGCAGGAUAAUGUCACAGUUCUAAAUUUUCCAUUUAUGUUCAAAACAAAUUAUCCUCCCAAAGUAUCUGUUGUAGGAUUGGUAUGACAUUUUAUAUCUUGUUUUCUGAAGAAGUGUCUAGAGAGCAGUAAUUCUAAUAAGCAUUUUCAAUCAUGUAAAAUAGGUUUGUUGGGUUCUGCUUUUAUAUUACUAUUACAAAAGAAUUCUCAAUCAUUCCCAGAAAAAAAUCAAUGCUGCUCGUGGGGAAAUCCUAAAUAUUGUCUGUAUGUCUCAUCGCUGAGUGUUAGAGACCCUCAAAGUAAGUUAAGAUAUAUUUCACUCAGGUUUUUGUUUAAAUAAUACUGUACAAUAUAGAUCCAUCUGCUAGAGACUAUUUUUUCCUCUGAGAUUUUGUUCUCUAAAUGACUUGCCUCAUGUUUGUAUUGGGCUGUGUAGAAUGCUAUUUUAAUUUCCCCUGCUGUCAGAUACAUUACAAAAUUGUGAAAUGUAAAUCACUCAUCCCAAACUAUAUGCUAAGAUAGUACUCUGAUGUUUAUGAGGACACCAUUUCUGUCUCAAAAAAUAAUAAUAAAGAUGGGGCAAUGGAAAGCUAUCUGUAACUUCACAAAGACUAACCCCAUAGAGACAUAUAGCACAAUUGUUUGCCUUGAUGAAGUGUGAAGUCCACCUGUGUAUAGAAUUCAUGCAAGGCAUAGGAAUGGAAAUCUUGGUUGCAGAUAAUGCUUAUUCCCACACAUUUCAAAAGCAUGUUGAUGAAGUUUAAAUGUGCACCUACUUUUUAUACCAGGUGGUGUUUUCACUUAUCAGAUGUUGGGCUCAUGUUAAUCUAAGUACAAAACCAUGUAUUUCCUAUUCUUAUGAUUGAGAAGGAAAAGAUGAUUUUUCAAUAGGCAAAUAACAGAAAAAUUGGGAUUGAAAGGCCCUAACUACCUCUUUUUCAAUAAUUUGCAACUUUCAAGUUUAAUUUUCAACAACCACAAAAGUUUUGGUGCAUUAAAACUAUCCAACCACAUACAACAUAUAGUUUGGUAAGUAGUAAUUCUUCAUGGGAAUUAGCAAUUUACAAAAAUGUAUUAUAAGUCCUUUGAACUAAGAAAAGUCCAAACAGUGAUUUCUUCAAUACAUUUUGAUUCUCUGUAGCUCAGUUAGGUUGCUCUCAUUUUGGUUUUGAUGAUUUCAGAUAGAAAACAAUUUGAAACAAUUUGAAAUGAAACAUACACUUGAAUUCUAUUCCUUUCCCCAACAGCACUUGUCAGAUAUAUCAGUGCCCAUAGUAAUUCCCCUGCUUUUCUGUAUUACUCUGCAUUUCAUUAGUAUUUGGACAUUUGAGAACAUAAACACAAUCUUUUUUUAAAAGGAAAAUAUAAGGAAAAUCUUUGUGUAAUUCUUCCAAAUGUAUCCUGUUUGUAUGAAAAAUGUCUAAGUUUUUUUGUACAAUGACUUUACAUUUAUUUAUGGUGCAGUAUAUUUUCAGCAGUGAUCAGCUAUGGUGUUUGAAUCAUAUUUACUAAGCAGCAGAAAAUGGUAUAUAUUGUUUUAUAUUUUUUGUUCUUUCAUCAUUGGUCAACAGAGGUUUUGUUGCUGUUCCAAUGCUUCUCUAAUAAUAAGAUACCUUGCGUGCAAUGACAUGAUGAUGACCUAUAUUGCAGUUUCAAAUAAUGUGUACAAUAAAGUUGGGAUGGAUCUAAUUAACAAGAGGGAGAAAUUUGAAAUAAUAAAUGUGUGAACACGAGGGUGAAAAAA